AUGCGUUGGGUCAUGUCCAGGGACCGCGAGUUCCGAACGCACGGUCAUUUCGAUGGCAUCUUCUACACUUCCGCAUUGAAGUCCAACGGCAUUGUCAAGCUCUUGGAGCAUUUGAAGACCAGAGCGAAGCCGAGGCCGUGGUUGUAUCCAGCAGACAUGAUCACCACCAUGUCCCACACGGAGCAAUUACGGCAAGUUGUGAAUACCUACAUCUUCAAAAGGUUCAAUUCGGACGUCCCUUACAAGAUCGAGCAGCAGACAGUGGGUUGGACCCCGCGCUUGGACGGAUCGCUGGUGAUAGAGCACGAAGUCAUAGUCAAGGACUCCGUCGUGGCUCGCAUGAUCCUGGGCGUACGCAACAGCGUACUGCAAGACUUGAAGCAGCAGGUGAGCGACACCUUGCAACAGUUGUGGGGGAUCCCGGUCGAAGCAAGAAUCUGGGUGAGGCCCUUGAAGCAGCGCCUCAGCAAGAACGACAUGGCCCUGCUGGGCUAUGAGUUGGGAGCCCAUACGAUCAGAAUGUCUUCAUUCAGAAUAACAGCAAGAAAUCCAAACUGA